AAUCAAUCGAUCAAAGAAACGUUUUUUUUCUAAAUUCCAAGAAAAAACGAAAAAAGCCAAUAUGAAAUCCAUUUAUAAUUGUUUAAUCAUUAUGAUUAUAAUAAUUUAUCCCGAUUUUAGUCAACAAGUAACAUUGCAAGAAUUUUUAAGUUCACAUGGUAUAAGUGAUGAUAUAAAAAAAAGCGGUUAUGAUCAAUUCAAAACACAAACCUGGUAUCCAACAUUCGAUAUAAUGAAAUAUUAUAAUUAUAUUGAUUGUGGUUAUAAACCCGAUAUAAUGAAUCGAACAACAUCGUUUGCUGUUAUUUUCAAUCGUAUUUUUCAAUUCAAAUUAACAUUAACGGAACGUUUUUUGAAUAGGAGACCAGAAUUUAACUUGCAUGUAAUAAUGUAUGAUAAUAUACGUGAACGAUAUUUGAAAAAAGAGCAAAAACUUUCUAUUUAUGGUGGUUUUACUAUUGGUGUGAAUCAACUUAUACCAGUAAUAAAUAAUAUGGGUAAUUUUCACGAACGUCUUUCAUGUAUUUUUGAAACGUAUUCAUACGAACGAUUAAAAGUUCUAACAACAUCAUUAAUUUGGCGACAAUACAUUGGUUUUAAAUUUUUAGUUAGAAUGCAUUUGUGUGCUAAUCAUUUUUGGUAUGUUUCCGAAUUUUCAUCAACAAUUGAUGGUUGUUCAUUUUCAGAUGAUUAUCAUUAUGAUUAUCAAUCAUUACCAUCACCAAAAAGUUAUCAUCUAAUACCAAUUUCAUUUGAUAAUAUUGCAAUAAAUAUUGUACAUGAAUAUGGCCAAAAUGAUAUAAAAGUAUUAGAUUUUAAUCUAACAACACAAAUAUCAAAAUUAUGUUAUGGAAAACAAUCAACACAUUUAUUAAAACAAAUAACAACAAUGGAUAAUUGUGUUUAUCAUGAACAAUAUCAAACAAUGUCCGAUUCAUUAAUAAGUUUAUUCGAAUCAUUUGAAUAUGGUUUUACAAUAAUUACCGAUCUUAUUUUAGUAUCAAAAGAAAAAAAUUUAGUAUUAAUUAUUGAUAAAAAUAUUCUACAUACAGUGAAUAAAGAAUUUCCAUUUCGAAUUAAAAUGUCCGAAGAUUUUUUUAAUUGUGAUUCAAAAGAAACAGAACAAUGAAACAAAACAAACAAACAAAAAAUUUUUUUUUUCAAACAAAA